GCCAUACACGGACAGGUAGAUAGAUAGCUAGCUCCACACGGUUCAUCACAAGAGCUAAGCAAGCAUUAGACGUACGCAACUUCAAAUUUCCGUUUUCCCCCAGCUUGGAGUGACCGACAAGUGUAUAGUGUGGCACACUACCACACACAUAUAGAUCGGUUAUUAGAAGACGGCACAUCUUUGAGAUCUCUUGAUCGACCAUGGAGUGGAGGGACAGCUUCCUGGACCUGAUCCUGAUCCCGCUGAGCCUGCUCCUGCCGGCGCUGUACCACCUGUGGCUAUGGCGCGCCGUGCGCCGCAGCCCGCUCUCGACGGCCUUCGGCGUCUACGCGGCCGCGCGCCGGCUGUGGGCGGCCGGCAUGGUCAAGGACAGCGAGAAGAAGGGCGUGCUGGUGGUGCAGUCGCUGCGGAACGUCAUCAUGGGCUCCACGCUCAUGGCCACCACGGCGGUGCUCUUCUGCACGGGCAUCGCCGCCGUGCUCAGCAGCACCUACGCCGUCAAGAAGCCGCUCAGCGACGCCGUGUUCGGCGCCCACGGGGAGUACAUGAUGGCGCUCAAGUACGUGGCGCUGCUGCUCAUCUUCCUCUUCGCCUUCCUCUGCCACUCCCUCACCAUCUGCUUCCUCAACCAAGCGAGCUUCCUCAUCAACACGGGCGCCAUCGGCGGGGAGCACGGCGAAGACCGCCUCGGGCUGCCGCCGGCGCUCGCUGGGGACUACGUCGGAGAGAUCCUGGAGAGAGGGUUCACGCUCAACUUCGUGGGGAACAGGCUCUUCUACGCCGGGGUGCCCCUGCUCCUCUGGAUCUUCGGCCCGUUGCUCGCCUUUCUCUCCUCCGUAGUCAUGAUCCCCAUACUCUACAACCUCGACAUGGUCAGCAUCAAAGGGGAAGGAGAACAUAGCAGUGGCUGCGUCAACGCCAAGAAGGGGGACACCAACGGAAACGGCUGCCUGCAAGUCUGACGAGAAUGUUCGAGAUGAUCCAAACCACCCGACGGCCCGGCCAGCAUGCAUGCAAGUGUUCAGCUAAUUAAAUUAAUGGAGGAGGAAGGUGUUUUGAUCUGUCUUUUGCAUGCUUAUAUCAAAUUUCAAAUAUAUGUAUGGAUAUAAUGGAUCGAUGGUGCUGAUACAGUAGACUGCCGCAAUUGGUAGUGCAGGCCGGGUGAAGCAGCGUGUGCGCAGGGUUAAUUUCUAGCUAGCUUGUCAGGGUCUGGGUGCAUGUCGUGCUAGCAUGCAGCUGGGGUGAUUAAUUGGGAGUGAUCUUGACUUUGACAUGGAACACAUGCAUGCGUGUACUUAACUAAUUGUCCUCCUCGUUCUGAGUGUUCAGUUUGGUUUAUGGUCUCAGGUGACAAUGUAUGCCUGCCGAUGCCACUACAGGGCGAAUAUGUGUAGGCAUAUUGCUAGUUGGCUUUAUAUCCAUGUGUCUGUCUGUCCUCCUCGUUUUGGCAUGCAUUUCCAAUGGCGUGAAGGAGCAUAUGUGAUGCGCAAUUCCGUUAGACAAAUGCUCCUACGCCACCAAAUCAGUAACACUUGUAAAACAGGGGAGAAAUUCAUAUUAAUAAAAAUCAGAGUAUUUCAAUC